AUGCCUCUUGUCAAGAGAAACAUAGAGCCGUGGCACCUGUGCCUUAGUGCGGUACCUGAAGGAAUCGGAAGUGAACUGGAGUGUGUGACCAACAACACGCUGUCUGCCAUCAUCCGCCAGUUGAGCAGCCUCAGUAAGCAUGCGGAGAAUGUGUUUGCUGAGCUUUUUAGUGAGGCUAAUUCAUUCUAUGUGCGUGCAAACUCUCUCCAGGAUCGCAUUGACCGCUUGGCUGUCAAGGUCACUCAGCUGGACUCCAGCGUGGAAGAGGUCUCUCUCCAUGACAUAAAUAUGAGGAAGGCGUUUAAAAGUUCGACUGUCCAGAACCAGCAGGUAGUGUCCGGGGGCAGUAUGCCAAAACCUGUUGCCGAGAUGCACAACCAGAGUGACAAGCCCCCGCCUCUCAGUGCCCUCACUGCCUACAGGGAAGAUCGCAUUGACGCUAUGAAGUUCUACACCGACCCGUCAUACUUUUUCGACCUGUGGAAGGAAAAGAUGCUUCAGGACACGGAAGACAAGCGGAGAGAACGCCGAAGGCAGAGGGAACAAAGGCGAUGUGUAGAUAGCACACUUCAACGUGAGGUUAAGAAGGUGAGAAAGGCCCGAAACCGUAGGCAGGAGUGGAACAUGAUGGCGCUUGACAAAGAGCUUCGGCCAGAUCACCGCCAUCCACACACUCUCCGUCAUGGGGCUUCGUCUGAGGGUUCCCUCUCCCCCGAUGGCAGACUUGACCUUCCAGACUUCCCAGUUCCUCCAUGUCCUAUCCACGCUCCGUUUAAUUUCGCCAAGCCUCGUGGUUACAUGCCUGGGAACGCCCAUCCUUCACCACCUGUGGAGCAUGAAUACCACAGCAUUGAGGUUAACUACAAGGGAGCAAGCCUAAGCUACAACGCACCUGUAACUCAGUCUUCAGAGCGAAAUAAUGGUUUAUUACCUCCACCCACUGAUUACAACCCCGUGGAAUACUUUGCCACCAUUGGACCACCACCUCCUGCCCCAGGCCCAAUCAUCCCAUCAGCACAGACGGCCUUUGGAUCUCCGCUGGGAGCACUAACACCUACACCCCAUAACGGACCCUUGCAAGUGGGCCCAGGCCACUCACUCCCACCCAUACCUGCCCUAGGACCCCGCAUGGUUCCUCCUCCUCCUGGUCCUCCACCUCCACCUGUUCCCCCAGCUGCACCCACUCAUCUACCAGGACAUAGUGAGGCUAAGAGAGCUGAUGCUCAGCCUAUAGGAGAUGCAAGAAGUGACCUGCUGUCCGCUAUCCGCAUGGGCAUCCAGCUGAAAAAGGUUCAGGAACAGCAAGAACAGCAGAACAAGCGAGAGCCAGUGGGGAACGAUGUGGCCGCCAUUCUGUCCCGACGCAUCGCAGUGGAGUACAGUGACUCCGACGAUGACUCUGAGAUGGACGACAAUGAGUGGUCAGACUGA